AUGGAUGUGACCUCCAUUCUAACCCGUGUCAGUAGGAGAUCCACCUACGCUUCCCCUACUGUGACGGAACAUAAGAAGCCACCAUUACAGACGGCUAAAAGGAUCAUUGGUGUCCUGCUGCUGGCUCUGCCACCUGAUGUUGGCCCCACAGCCAUGGAGGCCCCAUCUCAUGGGAGAUGUUUUCCUCACUUCCUGUCUGGUGAAACCACCGUCGCUAGAAGAGAAGAACGAGGCGACAGAAGCAGAACGUUCACCCAUCAUGUAGAUCAGAAUGAUAAAAGGAAGGUGUUGGUGCUGAGUGACCUGAAGCGGGAAACUAUCAGCUCUGAGGAUCGGGGACAUCACAAUGGAGAGGCUCCUGGAGGACGUCUGACCAAUCUUCGAGGCUCUUCAUCCCCUGAACCCCCUCUUCUACCAGUUCCGGGGGGACAGACGAACCCUUGGAGAACCUCCUGGGCCAUGGGACCUUCUCUAGUUCUCCUUCUCAUCCUCUCAGCCCUGAGCAGUCCGGUCCAAGGCAGCGGCAAUGCGGAGGUGGAGUGCGUUAUGAAUACAGUCAAAGUCCUGACGUGUACCUGGAACCACCCACAACACCCAACCGAGAACUACACAUUCUACUACUGGGCGAGCGCAGCGGAGUCCAAAGCUGUCCCAUGUCCUGAAUAUCUGGUGGUCGAUUAUACGAACAUCGGCUGCAAGGUGUCCAUAUCGGAGCCCUACGAGACGUUCGGAGUGAAGCUAAACAAAAGCGGCUCGGGGCCCCCAAUAGGGAAGAAGUUCAAGAAACAUCAAGACUAUGUGAAGAUGGAUCCUCCCUUUAACUUGAGCACAGAAAUUACCGGCAAUUUGGAGUUGAUGCUCAGAUGGGAACAGUCAUUCGGCACCAUCCCCUCGCACUGUGUGACUUACCGGGUGAAACAUCGGACUCUGGCCAGUGACAGUUGGACGGAGAAGGACGCCUCGAACACCCUCUCUGUCCUGUCCAGCUUUGACAGCUGCCAGAAUUAUACAUUCCACGUGAAGACCAAAAUGAGCAACGUCUGUGCCAAUGCGUUCAUGUGGAGCGAGUGGAGUGAAGGGGUCACAUGGGCGAGGAACGCCACCGUGUGCGAUGAGCAGCCACCGGCAAAGCCGUCAUCAAAAAUCGUGAACACCGGGAUCACCGUUGGGUUGACUCUGCUGAUUGUGGUGAUAAUCUUGGCAGUGGUUGGACAAGAGAGAAUUUGGGUGAUUCUCGUUCCUCAGAUUCCGAACCCCGGGAAGAAUUUUGAAGAGCUCAUCAAUGGUUGCAACGUUCAGGAGUGGGUCGGAGUUUCCAAGGAAGCCGUGGAGAAGAUGAACCCCAAUUACACUGAAACACUUUGCACCGUCACCGAGGACUCCGAUUGUACUGGACCAGACGGGAAGAGCCUGAUGCCCACCGCACCAGAAAACUGA